UUCAGGAAGGAUGUGCCUGUUAAAUUAAACCAAAAACAAGACAAAGCACCCUCUUUUCAAAAAAAAAAUAAAACUCGAUUGAUGACUGCAAUAUUCCCUACAAUAAAACCCCACUUGUUUGAGUCGAAGUGGAAAUGGAGAGAUAAUUCCCCAAAUGUUGGGCACAGACCCGGAACAAAGUUGUAAUAUGAUCACCCCGCCUAGUUCAGGUUACUCGUGAGCAGGUAGUCGCAGGAGUUCUGUCUGCCUUUUGUCUGUCGUGAGGAUAAUUUUGGAAGCGGCGGUGAAAAUGGACCUCUUCUACUCAACAUGCCUUUUGGUGUGCCUUUGUUUCCCAGCGAUUGCAAGUGCAAAAUUGCACGUGUCGAUUAAGGAACCCUCCGGACCAAUUGUGGAAGGGAGCGACGUGAUCUUGCAGUGUUUAGAUGAGGGGCAAGACAUGUCUCACGUCAGAUUCCAGAUGUAUCACAAGUGGCUGCGGUCCUGGUUCAAUAUUGAUACCACCACUUCCUUCCGUUGCUGGUACUACAGUUUCAAUGUCAGCAGAGACAAUGGGGAAUUACUCCUUCGCGUGAAGCAGAUGUACAAAUGGCACGCAGGUCCAUACCGAUGUGUUUCCAAUGGAACUGAUGGCCAACUCAUUUCCAAGAAUAUAACUGUCCCUCUUCAGUAUCUCAACGGCAUAUCCAUCUCUGAACCUGGGAGCGUCUUUAGUCGUUACAUGAGAGACCCACGCGUUGUGAGGGUGAUGCGUGGAAAGGAUGUUGAGGUCAAAUGUUGUGCAAGCUCAUCUGAGCCACCAAUGUACCAAUGGAAGAGAAAGGACAAUGAGUGGAUUUAUCCAAACAGCAACCUGAAGAUUGUGACGAUCACUCCCGAACAAGGUGGAAUCUACACUUGCACAGCCACUCACCCUUCACUCCCAAGUCUGACCCAGUCCAAAUCUGUUCUGAUUGAGGUUGUGGAAGAACCACUGAGCUCACUGCAACUGAGUGACAUGAACCUGAUUCUAGCAAUAGCGAUUCCAGCUGGGGUCCUCUUCUUGGUGAUUAUCGGCAUCAUCGCUUACAAAUGCAAAGCGAAGAGGAAUGAAAAAGGGAUGACUCUUCUGGACAACCAGGUCAGCAAGACCCCUAUCUGGAAGGGGAGUGACUCAUCCAUUCCCUACUGUGUGACUGACUCUGUUCCUCUGGUCAUGUGAAUCGCUAACCAGGUAGGAAGCCUUUGAGAACGAGGUGGGUGGUCACAAUGUUGAUCGAGCUGAGGAAUUUGAAUAGCUUUCAUCUCUUAGCUACUUUCGCCUCACAAUCGUGGGGGUUGUGCAAAUCUUACAAAUUGUUAAAUCACAAUUAUUUUUAUCAAGGCUACAGUGUCCUUUUUCUGAUGAAGUGUACUGGCAGAGGAGGCAGUGUUGCAGAUUGUCUUUUAGAUGAAGGCGAGUGAGGAAUCCUCAGAAGACAUUUGAGAUUAUUUUGUUGGAAAGUUGGGACCAGGCAUUAAAAACAAAAUUGUUGACAAGUUUCCCAUCUGUUAUUUCACCCCAUGGCCAACAGAUGGUGCCACUGGGGAUGGUGGUGGCCCCCUCUGUUGGUGGCAGUUAAGUACAGCGCUUCACUUGAAAGCAAAUUAAACAUUAAAAAUAUUCAGUCAAUAGAUAUUUCAGAUGAGCCUGUAACUAAAAUUGACAUGUUCCUGCGGAUCCAGAGAUAUUCCCUGAAACGCCCAUCAGUUGAAAUGCCCAUCAGCCAUGAUUGAAUGGCAGAGUGGACUCGAUGGGCCGAAUGGCCUUACUUCCACACCUAUGUCUUAUGGUCUUAUCCCUGUCAAAUAUUGAUACACUGCCAGGGAACUUCUGUCUUAAUUUGAAAUUGCUCCCAGGAUCUCCCCAAAUGAUCUGAACUUCAAAUACAAUCUCAGCCACAAUUGACAGCUACAAAAAUGAGUACAGGUCACAUUAUCCUAGUUUUAAUGCCAGUGGUAAAGCCUUUGAACGAUUUGAUUCCCUGAAUGGACGCUGUAAGUCUUUGCAUUUAUAUAUUUUUGAAAUUAAUUAUCUUGAUUUUUAUCAUUGUUGUAACCUCGCUUGGAUUAUAGUCAUGCGAUUUGCACUUUUUACAAUAACUGCAGAUAUCAUGGA